CUUGGGUAAAUGUCUGUGUUUUCUUUUUACCAGGAGGGAAACUUCGCUAGAUUUUUGCAUUGAGCUUGACGCGAAUUCCCAGUUAAACAGCUGCUAAUUCAGAGUACGGCACUCAUCUUGGCUGAAAAGGUUUUCAAUCAUUUAUUGGACCACAAGUCAUGUCUGGUAUAGCAUUGAGUCGUCUCGCACAAGAACGAAAGGCUUGGCGGAAAGACCAUCCUUUUGGGUUUGUAGCCGUACCAACAAAAAACCCUGAUGGAACCAUGAACUUAAUGAACUGGGAGUGUGCCAUACCAGGGAAAAAAGGGACACCGUGGGAGGGAGGCUUGUUCAAACUUCGGAUGCUUUUCAAGGACGACUACCCUUCCUCUCCACCAAAGUGUAAAUUUGAGCCUCCUUUAUUCCAUCCGAAUGUAUACCCGUCUGGUACCGUAUGCUUGUCUAUUUUAGAGGAGGACAAAGAUUGGAGGCCUGCCAUUACGAUCAAGCAGAUCUUGCUAGGAAUCCAAGAGCUCCUAAAUGAACCAAAUAUUCAGGAUCCCGCACAGGCCGAGGCAUACACGAUUUACUGCCAAAACAGAGUGGAGUAUGAAAAAAGGGUCCGAGCACAAGCCAAAAAGUUCUCUCCGUAAACCUCAAGAUUUUCACACUGUAAUGGAAAUGGGUUUUUGACCAGGUCUCCUCACCCCGUCACACACACAUACACACACACACACACUCUCUGUCCCCACACCUUUUACAAAUCAUAUCCACUUCAUACUAAUUUACUGCUGGGCUUAAAGAAAUGAAUGUGUCGUGCCAUUGUUGAUCCACUGAUGCUCGUCCUGACAAAUUUAUUAUUAUUAUUAUUAUUAUUAUUAGGGGUUUUAAAAUUUGGCCUUUUGUAUAAUAGUAUAAUUUCCCUCCCCCCUCUUGUUUGCGCAAACCCACAACCAAGGAAGUUCACGCUAGAUUUGUGGCUUAUUUCUUAUUUUAUUAUAGUUUCAUUUUGUGUGAGUGAGGUUAUUUGGAAACAGUGCUACCUUUUCCAAAAAAAAAAGGCACAAUAAACAUCCUCAACGUACAGAAUUGAUAUUCCACAGAUGCAGAGGUAUGAGCCUAAAACAGCUUUUUUUUUUUCCUUCUUUCAGACUGGCCUUUAGUCUCCUUCAUGGUUUUAAUGAUUUAAAACUCGCUAUUAAUGUCAGUAUUUCGACUGCUGUAAAAUGAUACUUUUAUACUUUCUUUACUUUUGAACUAGUGUCUGUAGAGGUUUUUCUUUUCCAUUCCUGAUGCAGGCAGUGUACUAAGCAUGUACCAUUCAGUAUGAUAGCAUUGUGCUGCCUCGGCCGUCUGUGUUUCACUUUAAAAAAAGAAAAAGAGAAAAAAAAAUAAACAUAAGUAAAAGGCCUCUGAAUCAAAUGGUUAGUUAACCGCUGCAUCAGUCUCUUUGUGUUUAUACGGUGUUUUGUUCAUGUAAGUGUAUAGAGUAAAUAAAAAUGUUUAUACAAA